UACACGAUUGCAAUUAAACCGAGAAUGUUAUGACAUAAUUAGUUCAUAACCUUAAAACAGUUGGUUUCCCCAAGGAAUUAAAAAUGUCGGGGCAGUUAUAUUCGACAAUUAAACUGUUACGAAGAGUAGUUCCUAUAGCAGGUCGAAGACUUGUAUCCACAUCAAAGAAGAAUAAUGUUACAGCAGAGGUAAUCGAAAGUACGAAAACCAAAAGUAAAACUGUCGCUUCUGACCAAAAUUGGAUCAGUUAUGGAUACGAUUGUACAUCAAAAGAAGCAGACAGGAACGCUAUGCACUCUAUAUUCUUUGUUUCCGUUACUUUAUGUUUAGUUGUUGGUGGAUUUUUUUGGUCGUAUAUACCCGAUUAUACAUUGAGAGACUGGUCGCAACGAGAAGCUUAUUUGGAAUUGCGUAGAAGAGAAGAACAAGGUUUGCCUUUGAUUGAUCCCAACUUUAUAGAUGUUAACAAAAUCACAUUACCCUCUGAUGAAGAAUUGGAAGGUGUAGAAAUCAUAAUUUAAAUAUUAAAUUUGCAAAUUAUUGUUUAUAAAACUAUUUCGAGUGUAAUAACAGAUGCUACUUAUAGGUAUGUGAACUUGUAUACAGAUAAUAAAAUUUAAAAAUAAUAUAUCAUCAUUUUAAUGUAUGCAUAUUGAGGUAAGAGAAAAUUGAAGUAGGAGGUAAAUGAAAUACUCAUAUUCAAAAAUUAGUUUUAAUAAAGACAGAGCUCAAACGAAAUAAUUAUUAUUGUUUUAAAUAGCAACGAAAUGUUACUAUUUUUUAAUACUAAUAGAAAGCGUUCCUCAUAAGCUGCUACAAAGACUUGAUACAGGGUUCAUCACAUUUACAUAACUAAUUCUAUAAUUAAUCUUUGAUAUCUGAUGAAUUUACGAAUUCAAAUUCACUAUCACUGCUACUAUUUUCUCUUUUAAUGUCGGUCUUUCUUAUGGACUGGGCGUAACUCAAUACAUUCGAUACUAAAUUACCUAUUUUAUCAAUAUUUGUUUGUACAUUAGCAAAUGUUGAACUAUUUGAAUCAUCCACAUAGUCUUUAGGGAAACUUGUAUUUUUUUCUAAAAAUUUGUCUUCUUCUGAGGAACUACUAUCUUCAUUAAAAUGUAGAGAAUCGAUAUUUAAUUCUUUGUGUUCAAUAUCAGAAUCACUGGAUAUAUCACUGUGAGAAUAAGGUGGGAGUAGGUCUUCUUCUUCGAUAUCUUUCUCGACUUCAGCCAUGUCUAGAAACGAUGGCAUUGUAGUAAUACCACUAGCUAAGGAAUUUGAUGCUGAAUCUAUAGACAAAUCGAAAUAACAAGUAGAAAUAUAUUACUAAACUUGAAAUAAUAAAAGAUAAUGUCUAUAGAAGACAAUGUUUACUGUGGUAAUAAACAGUGUGUUCAAUAUAAAUGUUACAAAAACAAAGUAUGUACAGAAAUACUGAAAAUAAAUGUUAUUAAAAAUAUUAAUUAUACCAACCUGCAGUUCGAUCAGUUAAUAAACUUUCUAAAUCAGCAUCCCUAUUUUCUACAUGAGAAUCAUAUAAAGAAGGAACCAGUUCUUCUUCAGCCACAGACCCUUGAAUAUUCAAUUAAGAUUCAAAAUUUACAUAAAGGUUUCAAAUAGUAUAUUUGCAAAGUCUUUUAAAUUUAAUGCUAAUUCUAAUUGGAUUUACUUCAACAAUCAUUCAAUUUUAUGCUAAUUAUAGUUCAAUUUCAUUAUGGAAAUACAAAAAAAAAUCAGUAAUGAUCGCAAUAUAAAAAAUGAAAAUACAUUUGCAAUUUCAACAAUGGGUUCUUUGACCCAAUAUACAGCGUCGGAUUUAGGGAGGGACAACGCAAAAUUACUAAUUUGAUCAUUUAUUUUAAAAGCGAUUUUGGAUCCAUAGCAAAAUUGCAUUUUUUUCAUAAAUUGUUUGGAAAUUUAAAUGAACAAAUUUUUCUCUAAUAUUAUCUAAACCGAGCAUAAAUAACCUAAUUAUUCAUUAUUUACUUUCUAUAUAAUUCAAUGGGGAUUUUUUAAAUAGAAAUGUCUAUAACAUACCUUUGAUAUUAAAAGUAGACUUUAUAAUGUUCCUCAUGGAUGUUUUAGUUUCUUCUGGUAGUAAUUUGAUUGCUAAUGGUAUGAAAAAACUUAGCAGUAAUAAUAUAUAGCAAAAUAAAUAACCUGAUACAUUUCUUGCAAUCACAUUUAAAAUGAAAAAUACCAGCGACAUACCAAUACAGAACUAAAAAUAGAAUUACUAUGUUUACUGAUACUAAUUCAGCUAAAUUCAUUUAAAAAAUAUUUCAUACUUUAUCAUCAAUUUAUUAUUGCAAGUACUUUUCAAAUUCAAUUAAUAUUUUCUAUUGUUAAAUAUGUAAGAGCAAUUUUUUGAUGGGCAUUAUUGCUAUAAGUCACAAUGAGUAUAAUAAGUUGGUUUUUGCUAAAUAUUUGCAUUGAAACUGAAAAUUAAGGAAAUUUUUAAGAUCACUAGAAUGCGUGUCCUGAAAAAGAAGAACAUGCGGAUUGAAUUGGAGUUUAAAGAUCAAUGUAAAGUAUGUUUUGAAAAAGAAGUACAUUUGGAUUGGAUUGAGGUUAUUAUAAAGGCCACUGUAACAGAUGUGGAUUGGAUUGAGGUUAUUUUAAAGGCCACUGUAAUUCAUGUCCUGAACUUUUUCUCGAGGGUUGGUAAGAUAGUUUGAUUUAAAAUUUGUGAUUUUUCUAUACCCUUAAAAACAAAAUUUACCAAAUAUAAAGUAAGGAUUUUUGUUUUACAAUGGAUUGGAGAUAAUAAAAAAAAACAAAUGGACGUUUCAAAGACCUAGGACAGUUCAACCAAACUGAAAAACAUUUAAAUACAGUCCCUUGGGCCAUUCAAAAUAAACAUCUGAUAUAAGCUAUAGUACACACAGCCACAAAUUUCGACUUUUAACCAGACAUGGUCAUUUAAAUCCCCAUCUCGACACUAUAGGUAUUAUGGACGAUCCAGAAUACCACUGGUGAAUGGAGGAGAAAGAAACUGCAAACUACGUCAUUGAUAAGUGCCCAGCACUCAUACUUACGAGGUUCAAACACUCAGCAAAGUCAAAAUACUUAUUUUGAUAGUUUUAAGAGAGACGCAACAGGUUUAUAAGAAGACCUAUGUACAGACCAAGCCAAUCAAAACUCAACUUUGAACUAGUCCUUCAAGGAAUGAGUCCAGAAUAUUGGUCAAUAUAAAUUUGAAUCAUUGGAUUCUAUAUUAUAGGUAUAUUAAAAGAAAACAGGGAUUUCAUAUUAUAUGAAAAUGCAUCUAUCUUUUGCACUAUUUUACUAAACUGAAAUUUUUUUAGUUAUAAACUACUUCACUUUUCUUAUAGUUAUAUAAAGAUACCUUACCAUUAGUGAAUUUUCUUUUCUAAAUGCUUUUAAAUUGUAAAUCAUAUCCAUAAUAAAAGACGACAUUCUAUCAGUCA